AUGUUAUUACAUUGGGUGAGCAACUUCAUCGCUGAUAUUCUGACUUGGUUUAAGACGAAGGUACAUCCAGAUGCCAGCUACAUGAUAAAGCAGCCAGAGAUAUCCGCAGAUAUGCGCACAAUUUUGAUCGAUUGGAUCGUCGACGUAGCCCUAGAGUAUCACUUGAACCAGGAAACAUUGUUUUUGUCGGUCGCCUAUAUCGAUAUGUUUUUGUCAAAGGUGGCCGUUACCAAGGACAGACUGCAAUUGGUCGGAACCACAUCGGUCAUGAUUGCGUCGAAAUAUGAAGAAAUUUAUCCUCCGGAACUGAAAGACUUUGUUUACAUAACCGACAAUACUUAUAGCAAAGAGGAGGUGCUGAACAUGGAAAGAAUUAUUCUGGACACUUUGCGAUUCGACAUGGCUGUACCAACAGCGAACGCGUUCUUAGUCUACUUUUUAAAGGCCUGUCCGGUGCCAAAACGAUGUGAAUUCUUAGCCAUGUACUUGUCUGAACUGACCAUCAUUGACUACUGUUAUUUACGAUUUUUGCCCAGUCAAAUAGCCGCGUCAGCCACCUGCCUGGCCCGAAUAAUAGCUGACGAAACUGCUUGGGUAAGAACCCCCGAAUAG